CAUUGAAUGGCAUAAAAACAUUGCAAUAAUUGUUUAGUAAACAAAUCAUAACAUUAUUAUUAUUAUAUAAAAAUCAAAUCAAUUGUGUUUUACGGCAACAGUUUGUUUUUUGUGGGUACCGAUAGAGUGGCCAACAUCAUCAUCACCACCACCAUCAACAACAACAACAACAUUAUCGUACUAACAAGUGUCCAGUAGUCCAGUCAUGGUUAAACCAGAACACCCGAUACAUCACGAGGCCUCGAGACCAUUGCACGGUAUUCCCGAAGGCAUAUUCCGGAGCAAUGUUACCGAUAUAUUUGGCCACUUGAUGUCGGCCCAGUGUCAGAUUGGUAACGCUAAGCCCAGGUGUGCCGAGUUUCAGAUGAACGCUUUCGAGUGUCUGGAGGCGUACGGCGCCCAUCGCGGCCGCAAAGUUUGUCUGAAUUUUCUCAAAGAUUUCUUCGAGUGUACCUAUGGUCUCGCACAGGGCCAGAGAGCCAAUGAAAUGACGAAAGAGCGGCUCAAACAAGUGAUGAGAGGCGAGAGAUCGUUGGCCGACUUUCACGAUAAGGUCAAACCGCCGCGCGAUGCCAUCCAAUGGGGACCGUUUCAUCCGUAAUCCCGAGUGGGAAUUAUUAUGCGGGGAUAUUAAGGCGGCGAGAUUUUGUUUUUAGUUGUAUAGAUGUCUGCAAUUAGGGUACCCGUACUGUAACUACCAAUUGUUAGACCACACUUACCGUAGGAUUUAAUUGUAUAUCUUGUAUAAUAAUAUUAAUAUCAAUAAUAAAUUUAUUAAUAAUACCGAUAGUUAUAUGAAU